CAAAAUCAUUGUCUGGUGUGGUAACGGAGCAGUAGCAGCGAGGAGUCUCUCACAGCCCGAAACCCGAAUCGCAUUUCGCUGAAAUAUCGGUCCGAAACUCCCGUCUCGGUCUGAGCAGUUAUGGAAGCCGAUCCGAGUCAGCAGCAGCAGCGCCUGACUGUCGAUGAAACAGAAGAUCGUAACGGAAAACCUCAGAAGCCGAAGCGCGUCGCUUCUCUCGACAUCUUCAGAGGUCUCACCGUAGCGAUGAUGAUUUUGGUGGAUGAUGCUGGAGGACAAUGGCAGAUGAUUGGGCAUGCGCCUUGGAAUGGCUGCAAUCUCGCCGAUUUCGUGAUGCCAUUUUUUCUUUUCAUUGUGGGAAUGGCAAUUGCUCUUUCUCUCAAGAGAAUCCCAAACCAGCUUCUUGCUAUCAGGAAGGUGAUUUUGAGGACACUCAAACUCCUCUUUUGGGGUAUCCUCUUGCAAGGAGGAUACUCACAUGCUCCCGACAACCUAACAUAUGGUGUUGACAUGAAACGCAUAAGGUGGUGUGGGAUCCUUCAGCGAAUCGCUUUUGCUUAUAUGGUGGUAGCGUUGUUGGAGAUCUUCACAAGGAAUUUAUGGGCUGAAUUUCUUUCACCUGUUCGGUGCUCUAUAUUCAGGUUAUACUUCUGGCAAUGGCUGGUUGCAGCAUGUGUUCUUGUUGUUUACCUUGCAGCGAUUUAUGGGACAUACGUUCCUGACUGGCAGUUCACUGUACACAAUAGUGAUAGCCAUGAUUAUGGGAAGGUUUUCAAUGUAACUUGUAGUGUGAGAGGAAAAUUGGACCCUCCUUGUAAUGCUGUAGGAUAUAUUGACAGAGAGGUGCUAGGAAUCAACCACAUGUAUCAACAUCCAGCUUGGAGGAGAUCUAAGGCUUGCACUGAGAAUUCCCCUUAUGAGGGGCCUUUUAAGAAGGAUGCUCCAUCAUGGUGCCAAGCCCCAUUUGAACCUGAAGGAAUUCUAAGCUCGAUUUCAGCUGUUCUCACCGCAAUCAUUGGAGUGCAUUGUGGACAUGUGCUUGUACAUAUGAAGGGUCAUUCAAGUAGGCUGAAACAUUGGGCAGUGAUGGGUCUUGCGCUCCUCAUUUCUGGCAUAGUUCUUCAUUUUACAAAUGCUAUUCCGCUAAACAAACAGUUGUACAGCUUCAGCUACGUUUGUCUUACAGCAGGUGCUGCAGCAUUGGUCUUCUCGGUCUUCUAUGUUCUGGUUGACAUUCAGGGGCUGCGUUUUCUAUUUCUACCACUGGAGUGGAUUGGUAUGAAUGCUAUGCUCGUUUAUGUGAUGGCAGCAGAAGGUGUAUUUGCUGGAUUCAUUAAUGGGUGGUAUUAUGAUAACCCUCAUAAUACACUGGUUUAUUGGAUUCAGAAGCACUUCUUCAUUAAAGUGUGGCAUUCUAAGAGGGUAGGCAUACUUCUCUAUGUAAUCUUUGCAGAGAUUCUGUUUUGGGGUCUUGUGGCAGGGAUUUUGCAUCAACUCGGCAUUUAUUGGAAGCUUUAGUAUUCAUAUCAGGUGAGUUUGCAGCUAGUGAACCUGACUUUGGGAUCUCCAUGAGGUUACAUUUUAACAUUUGAGGAAUUAUAUGACCCUUAGAUCAAGGAUUUGCAUGAUUUACUCUCAUUUUGAAUUUGGUUGAGUGGGGCCCAUGUUUCAGUGUUCCAGACCAUUGGUCUGUUGGUACCUAGCGUAGAUGGACCAUGCCCAUGAAUCUCUUUGAUUAGAAGAUCUUAACCACCAACCUUGGGCCUUCUUUUUUUCAGUGAAUGUGGGCCAUUGUUCUGCUUCUAUUAUUGACUACUGAAGGACAAAAUUUGGAUGUUUAAGAUUAUCCUAUAGAGGAGAUUCUGGGUUGUAGUCCAUCCACAAUGGUUCCCAACAGAUCAUGGUCUGGAAUACUGAAUGGUGGAACCCACUUGUAUGAGUAUGCUAUGCAGAGGUUUGCUAAGUCCGCAUGUGUGUUGAAGCUUCCUUGUAUACACACAAGCACUCAUGCUAAUAUGGGCACACAUAUGGGAGAUCCAACCUUUCCAUCAGCUGAGCCACAGUGUUUAGAUCAUUUGGUCUAAUGAUCAGUCUGUUUCACUCCUCAGGUGGGCCAUAAUCCUAUUGUAUCUGCCAGUUUCUCUAUUAUAAGCCGUAGCAGUUUCAGCUAUCCACCCCAUUGUUCAAGCCUCAUCCCACAGAGAACAAUCACCGGAGAUUGGACAGUACUUUCCAUUCUUAGAAUGAGCCUGGUUUGAUCUUAUAAUGAAUAGGCCUUGCGGUACAGAAGAAACAGAUGGCCCUCCUGAGUAGUGAAAUGGUUUCAAGCUAGAAGAUCUAAACCAUAGCCUACCUAACGGCAAGCUCAGAUCUUGCACGCGUGUGCCAUAUGGGUGCACUUGCAUGUGGAUGGGCAGGGCUCCACACAUGUGUGGUCUUUGUGAAACUUCUACCGCUUUUAUUCUUGGAUCAAGGAUCAUGUAAGUCUUCUUAAUGUUGUUGGUGACGAGAUGUGAACUGAUCUAAAAUCACCGAAGCGUCUAUCAAUGUCGAACAGAUGAAUGAUUGAUUCAUGUUGAUGUAAGUGCAUGCGGGUUAUCCCUUGGAUUGAAAUUCAUUAUUAUAUAUUUUAUGAUAGAGGUAUUAUACAAUGCUCAGCUUGGGAGUUUGUAUAGAGCUAGGGUUUUCAGUUUGUACAGUGGUGUCCAUGGUUCCAUGAUCCAAGCUGUUGAUAUGAUGGGAUCCAGCGUGGAAGGUAAAUGCAUGAAAAAUACCCAGAUUGGAAGAUCCUAACCAUCGAACAUUUGAUGCAUUUUUAGUUGAUUGAGGUCAUGAUGUAUUUCUUUCUUCAGUGUUUGUUUGCUCAACAUGUCUUUUAGUGUGAGAAUUUAACCAUCUAGAAGAUUUCUUUGAAAGAAAUUUAUUCCAUGGAUAUCUACUUUUCCCCUAUUCGAGAAAAAGUAGGUGGGGAAAUCGAUUUCCAUUUCCAAGUUUUUACUUGAAAACAUGGAUACUGAUUUCGUUCGAAAAACCUGUUAAAUGCAAAUUUCCAGGGUUAUGAGAGAGUUGCCAAUGUUUAACCAUGGACCUUUUUACAUUUCCAUGAAAAAUUGCACUGUAAGCCAAAAAACAGAGUUACUAUUGGACUAUGUAGUUCUCCAUUUCCUGAGGAUUCUAUUGAGAUUUUUCA